UGAAGUCUAGACUUCUCCGUCGUAUCAUAUGAUGGCUCGAUUCCCUCUCCUCUUCUCUACCGUUUCAUCUUCAUUUUCAUGGUAUUUUCAUCUCACCUUCUGAUGCAUUAAGUGCUAUUCCAAUCGCUACACUUCUCCAUCUUCAGCUUUGUAAGAGUUCUCAAUGAUUCCAAUCGUAAUUGUAACGGCGUGGAUUCUGAACGAGCUCAAACCUGGACGCCUUCACCAACGGGUGGUGGGUUGAUUCGAAAAAAUCUUAAAGGAAUGGGAAGGAUAUGAGCAUCCUAACGAUGGGGCAGUUGUGAAAGGUUUGCAUUUCAGAUUUUAUCACACUGAUGUUUUAACCAGGCAUAAUGGUUUCUUACAAGGCUUUUAUUUGUUUCUUUCUUGUGGUGAAAUUGAUUGGAAAACUUCAAGAUGAAACUGUAUUCCUGAAGAAAGGUCAUGGUGAGAAUGAGGAACUGUUUGAGUUCAAACCAGAUGAAGGUGGCACCGCCAAUCUCAACUGUGUACUUUGAGGUUGAUCUUGUGACUUACGACAAGGAAAGGGAAUCGUGGGACAUGAACACUGAAGAAAAGAUAGAUGCUGAUACUAAGAAGGAAGAAGAAAACUCCAAGUUUAAAGCAGGCAAAUAUGCUCUGGCGUCCAAGAGAUACGAGAAGGUAUAUAAUAAUAUGAACUGCCCGUUGAUAUGUGAGUUUUACAGGAGAGCGAAAGCAUACGUGGAGUUGGCUGAUUUAGACUUCGCUGAGUUUGAUGUCAAGAAGGCCCUUGAAAUCGAUCCUAACAACAUGUUCUCUCUCUUAGUCUUAUACACCUCUUAUCUAUAUCCAAUUUAGCCUUGAGUAGGUGGAUAGUUUUUUGCAAUGUCUUCUCAUACACUAAAGUCAACAUUGUAUUUGCUAUUUUAU